ACAGUUUUCCCCCACUUCAUUUUCCCUUUUAUACAACUUCCUCUAGGUAUUCAAGUACAACAGCACUGUAAUUUAGCCAAGAAAAAAUGUCUCCAGUUUUCUGCGUCUCCCUACAGCUCCCCCGGGAUUUAAAUUUGGGAUUGUGGUCUCAGUGCUGGAGUUCCACGCCCCGUGAUGGCCAGGUGUGUCAGUCGGAAGCUCCGCCUUACUUUACCUUACAUGGCUAGUGUAGGGAGACGUGAUUGACAGCGGGCAGCAGCUGCUGGGCUGCCGAGACAUGGCGGAGCUUGCAGUUUUGCUGGGGAGCUCUUAGAGAGUUGCGUGACUUUGUAUCGGUUCCGUCGGCGAAUUAAGGCAAAAAGACCGACCGAAAAGGGCGAAGGCGGCUGCAGCUGUUUACGAUGAACGACGUUAGGAAAACGGGAAAAAUGUAGGAGUUUUAGGAGCAGGGUAAAAACAUGUACUGCUGUUUCUUAGUGCAGUCAACAGCCUUAGGCAACAAAUAUGGCUACUUGUGUCUCUUUCAAUUUGUGAUGAAAAGCUGCUCAACUCAGCCAUUCAUUAGCAUGGCUGCGGUGCCGAUUUCCUAAAACUGACCACCAAGAAGAAGUUCCUGCGGUAUCGUUUUGGCGGUUUUGAGGAAUUUAGCCGAGGUAAACCUUACCGGACGAAGCAAACAGAAAUGGAACCUAAGCACAAAGAGUUGUUAGAUCAAUGCCACCAGAACUUAUUGGAGUCCAUUACAGAUGCAGACAGUCUCGUGGAGUUGCUGGGCAAGGCUGGUACCCUCAGCCAGCUGGAGAAGUACGAACUGGACAAUAACUGUUCUUCGAGCUCGGAGAAGGUGGACCUUCUGCUGAAGAUGCUGAUGAAUAAGGAAAGGGACCAUUUCCCAGACCUGUGUGUAGCUCUGGAAAAGACACACCCUCACCUGUGUUCCGCACUCUUCAUAAACGGCGGAGGACCUCUGGACCAUUCUUCGGGGUCCACCUACAGUGUGUUGUCUACAAUGCCAUCAGACUCGGAGAGUAGCAGCUCUCUCAGCAGCAUAGGGACGACCGGUAAGGCCUCGUCCCCUCCGCCAGCACUGAUCGACAACCGGCAGAUGAGCGAAAAGCUGGACACCAUCCUGUUCCAGCUGCGCCAGGUGACCCGGGAGCGCGACGAGCUGCGCAAGCGCCUGGCCCUCUCGUCUCCUGGCACCACCUUCGACGACUGUCGGCCAAAUUCCAAACCAAGCCAUGAUUACGAGCAUCUGAAGAUCCAGUGUGUGAAGGUCAUGGCAGACCUGCAGUCACUACAGAAUCAGCACACUAAGACACUGAAGAGAUGUGAAGAGGCAGUGAAAGAGGCAGAUUUCUACCACACCCUGCACAGCCGCCUCCUGAGCGACCAGUCGCAGCUGAAGGAGGAGGUGGAGGCCAUGAAGAGGGACAGCUCCCAGCUGGUGCGUGAGCACAACCACCUGAAGCAGACCUGCGAGGAGCUGAAGAGGCGGCACGACGAGGACCAGAAGGAGGUGGCAGAAAUGCGGCUCCAGCAGCAGCAGGUGAUGAGAGAGAACGGGUCAUCGGAGAUUCUCAAUCAGCUCUACGACACCGCGGUGGACAAGCUGGACGGCGUGAAGAAAGACUACGAGGCUCUGAGAAAACGGUACAACGAGAAGGUGGCCAACCACAACACUGACCUGAGCCGGCUGGAGCAGGUGGAGGAGGAGAACCAGCGGCUGCAGAAACAGGUCGACGCGCUGAUGAAGCAAAGGGACGCGGCGAUACACUACCAGCAGCAGUAUUCGUCUUCGCUGCGAAGGUUUGAGGCGAUCCAGCAGGAGCUGAGCAAGGCGGCCGCCCAGAAUAAAGAGCUGCAAAGGGAAGUGGAGCGGCUGCAGUCGGAGGCGACGCGCUUCAAGACGCUGCAGCUGAAGGCGGCGAAGGACUGUGAGAAGUACAAGGAGGAGCGGGACUCGGUGUUCAGCGAGUACCGCCUGAUCAUGAGCGAGAGGGACCAGGUCAUCAAGGAGGUGGACAAGCUCCAGACAGAGCUGGAGGUCGCAGAAGCCAAGCUCAAGAACACGUCCUCGGAGAGGAAAGUGGCCAGCGAAGAGAUGGAAGCACUUCGACAAGAACUAAAUUCCGCAUUAGUAGAUCGCGAUCGAGCAAUCUGUGAGAGAAAUGAGUUACUGGAGAAAUACUGCCAUGAAGUUAAGGACAAGGCAGAGGCCCAGAAGGAGCUGAAUCAAGCCUGUAAGGACAUUGAAACUGUGAAGGAAGAGAGAGACGUGGCCAGGAAAGAGAGGACAGAAGCCAUUAUCCAGAGAGACCAGCUCCUGCGAGAGUAUUAUCAGGCUAGACAGAAGCAAGACUCGGCGACACUGGACAUGGAGAGAGCUAACAAAGAGAUUGAGAUGCUGAGGAAGCAGUACGAGGCCAUGACCCAGGAGCUGAAGGAAGCGGUGCAGGAGGCAGAAGUGGCCAAGUGCCGGAGGGACUGGGCCUUUCAGGAGAGGGACAAGAUAGUAGCGGAAAGAGAGAGCAUACGGACGCUGUGCGAUAACCUGCGAAGGGAGCGAGACAGGGCAGUGAGCGAUCUGGCAGAGGCUCUGCGCAAUCUUGACGACAUGAGGAAGCAGAGGAAUGAUGCCUUACGGGAGCUCAAGGAGCUGAAAGAAAAGAUGGAGAACCAGUUGGAAAAGGAGGCCCGGUUCCGGCAGUUAAUGGCUCACAACUCGCAUGAUUCAGCAAUCGACACAGACUCUUUGGAGUGGGAAACAGAAGUGGUUGAAUUUGAGAAAGACAGGGAAGACAUGGAUUUAAAAGCUCUUGGGUUUGACGUAGCAGAAGGGGUUAAUGACCCAUACUUGCCUGGAGAUUGUGGAAUAUUUGUGACCAGAGUGGAUAAAGGAAGUAUUGCAGAUGGAAGGUUGAGAGUGAAUGAUUGGCUACUGAAGAUUAAUGAUGUAGACCUUACUAACAAGGACAGGAAGCAGGUCAUCAAAGCCGUGCUGACUGGAGGAGGAGUGAUCAACAUGGUUGUCCGCAGAAGGAAGUCUUUGGGUGGAAGACUUGUCACUCCUGUACAUAUUAACCUUGUUGGACACAAAGAAAUGUCUGUAUUUGCAGAUUGUGGAAUUGGCUUGGAAGCUGGUGUUUUUGUGGCUGCUGUUGUACCUGGAAGUGCAGCUGCUAAAGAAGGAUCUCUUACUAUUGGAGACAGACUCAUUGCUAUUAAUGGAAUUGCACUAGAUAACAAAUCACUGACUGAGUGUGAAGCUUUGCUACGGAACUGCAGGGAUUCUCUGAGUCUUUCGCUCAUCAAGUUCUUCCCACAGAGUUCCUCUGGACAGAACAUAUUUGAAAACCUAAGAGACUUGGAGAAAACCUCCAAUUGCAGGGUUCACUCAUCUGAGCUGCAUGUGCGGAAUAGCAGAAACUUGAAACAUAACAGCUCAACCCAAACGGACAUUUUCAACCCAGAGGGUGUGGAAGGGAAGAAGGACCGGAGCGACUCGGAGGACGGCUCUUUUUGCAGUCAGAAACCGUUUUCCACUGGCUCUCUGCACACGGGCUCUCAGCGGACCGUGGAGCACAGCCCGGGGCCCUUCAGUGCUGACAUCUUCCCAGACCGCUGCUUUGGGAUGGUCAACUUGGAGAAACGUGGAUUCACCUUUGACCCCGCGGCUGCCGACUGCAUUAUGAUGGAAACCACAUUGGAGAAGGGGCUUCGCCUAAAGCACAGCGGCGGCACCUGGCCAAAAAUGAUGGUUGAUGUCUCGGCUUCGGAAAACGCCCAACUCUCCAUAUUCAAGACGCCAAAAUCGAGGAAAUCUAUAUUUGACACUGACACUUUUAAAAGGCCAGAGGCCCCGUCAGCCAUGAACUACUUGUCUCCCGCCCAGCUGCCAGCACAUUCCCCACAGGCUUCGAAGGUGGAGGUGAUGCAGACACCACCAACUCCCCCCACCCGGAGCGACUCCUUCAAGUUCAAACACAAGCAGCAGACGAGCUCCGCUUCUGACUCCACCAUCACCACCGGGUCGCCAGCCGCAAGCCCUGCACAGUCCCCCGUUACCCUGGGGACGAAAGCAGAAGCUGUCCUGGAGGGCCGUGACCGGAAUGGCAAUCAUUACUUCGUGGAGAGCACAGCGGAAGGCAAGGCCCUGACUUCCAGGAAGUCCUGUGACGACGAUGUUGGCCGGCAGAGGGCUGAGGAGCCUGAGGUGAAGAGACCCAGGCCAAAAUCAGCCCCUGCACUAAGGCAUAAAAUGACCCCUUUGCCUGUUCCUGUCCCAACACUCCAGGUGCAGAGUUAUUCCAGUGAAGAACCGCAGUCUCCUGAUCCCCAUGAACUGGUGCGAUACUCCCCAAAACGCUCACAUAGGCACAGUGUGGGAUUUGUGCCAGUUGUCUACAAUGGGGCAAUGGCAGCAAACUCCACACACAGAGGUUUGGCACCCUGCCCAGCAGUGACUGCUGUCAUGAGAAAUCCAAUUUACACAGCCUGGAGUCACCGUGUUCAUACUAAUAACUGCCCUUCUGUCGCCAGCCAAAUCUGCCAUCAGCAUUCACAUCCCAGUCCACAACAUCAGGGUCGUCUGAGCUUGGACCUUAGCCACAAACGCACCAGCGAUGUACCCGAGUCCUCUCGUAGUCGAACGCCACAUGGAACUAACUCCCUGCCGUCAAGUGCUCGAUUAGUAGGUUCAUCCAGCACUUUACAAUACAGGACUGAGCGGAUUAAAAUACCUUCCACACCACGAUAUCCUCGCUCCAUGCUCGGUUCUGACAGAGGGUCGCUCUCCCACUCCGAAUGCAGCAGUCCCAGUCUGAUCACUCCUCCUCAGUCUCCACUCAAUCUGGAGACUUCCUCCUUCGCCAGCAGCCAGUCUCAGAGCUCCAUUGCCACCCUGCCCAGAAUAUCCGUGAGCCCUGUUCCGAUGGGGGAGCGCAGGAAGGACAGAUAUCUGUUCCGUAACAGAUCCUUUCUGAGAAUCCCUGUGGCUCCUAGGCCAAGGUUCUCAUCCUUAAGAAGCUUGAGGCCUUACCUGGAGGAGCCGCGGAAUGUGGUUGUGCACAAAGGCGCAGAGCCUCUUGGGAUCUCCAUCGUGAGCGGGGAGAACGGGGGCAUUUUCGUGUCUAAAGUGACGGGAGGAAGCAUCGCCCACCAGGCAGGGCUGGAGUACGGGGAUCAGCUGCUGGAGUACAAUGGGAUUAACCUCAGAAAUGCCACAGAGCAGCAGGCGCGAUUGAUCAUCGGGCAGCAGUGCGAUACCAUCACCAUCUUGGCACAGUACAACCCUCACAUGUACCAGCUGGGCAACCAUUCACGAUCAAGUUCUCGGCUGGAGCCAAUAGGUAAUCAGUCCAAUCCCCAAGGCAGUGGCACGACAACCCCCGACAAUCAUUCCACCAUUGACACACUGAGUGAACAGGAUGAAGGCACCAUGACCCCUCCAUCGAAGCAAACCACCCCCACCACCAGCCCUCGAAACUCCUUCAGGAUGCCAAUUGACGCUUCGAAGCAAAUUCCGGAACCGCGCACUGUCACCAUCAAGAAAUCCCAGGUGGAGCUGGGGAUCCAGAUCUGCGGGGGGAACUUGUAUGGCAUCUUUGUGGAGAGCCUGGAGGAUGAUAGUCCUGCAAAGAGUACUGGUGGGCUGAUGCUGGGAGACAUGAUUCUGGAGUACAAUUCAUUCCAGAUGAAGAAUAAAACUGCGGAAGAGGCCUACCUUGAACUGUUGAAGCCUGCAGACUCGGUCACGCUGAAAGUGCAGUACCGAAUCGAUGAGUUCAAUAGGAUCAGAGAGAUGGCUGGAGAUGGAUUCUACAUCAGGGCACUUUACGAUCGAGUGGCUGAGAUGGAACAAGAUUUAAGUUUUAAAAAGGAUGACAUUCUUUAUGUGGACGACACUCUACCAAAGGGCAAUUUUGGCUACUGGAUGGCCUGGCAACUUGACGAAAAUGCUCAAAAGCUUGAAAGAGGGCAAAUUCCAAGUAAAUACAUGAUGGACCAGGAGUUCUACCGGCGGCACAGCAUGUCGGAAAUGAAAGACGACAGCGGCUCCAGCAGGACGCUGUCGGCAGCAGCUCGGAGAUCCUUCUUUCGCCGCAAGCACAAACACAAGCGCAGCGGUUCCAAAGACGGGAAGGACCUGUUAGCCCUCGAUGCCAUUAGCACAGACUCGAUUCCUUUCUUGGAGGAUUGUGUAAGUCUGGCCUAUCAGAGGGUGCAGAAGGUUGAGUGCACAUCUCCCAGACCAGUGCUUAUCCUGGGGCCGCUGGUAGAUGCGGUGAAGGACAUGCUGGUGAAAGAGUCUCCAGGGAAGUUUUGCCGAUGCCUGCUUGAAGUGAUGAAAGCUUCUCAACAAGCAAUAGAACGUGGUGUGAAAGAUUGCCUGUUCAUCGACUAUAAGAGACGCAGUGGACAUUUUGAUGUGACGACUGUUGCCUCUAUAAAGGAAAUAACAGAUAAGGAUUGUCACUGUUUGCUUGACAUUGCUCCUCACGCCAUUGAAAGGCUUCACAGCGUUCACAUUUACCCAAUCGUCAUUUUCAUUCGCUACAAAAACGCAAAGCAGAUAAAGGAACAGAAGGAUCCAGUAUUUCUGCGGGAUAAAGUUUCUCAAAAACAUUCCAAGGAACAGUUUGAGGUUGCACAGAAAACAGAGCAGGAGUACAGCAAAUUCUUUACAGGUAUUGUCCAGGGAGGCAGCUUGGCUUACAUUUGCACUCAGAUCAUGACCAUUGUUGAUCAAGAACAGAAUAAAGUCCUGUGGAUUCCAGCUGGACCUCUCUAGAUAUUCCAACCAGACGCCAAUGCUUGUGUUCUUGGUCUGUGCGGCUGCAUGAAAACUUUAAAGAUAAAUCAGUGAAGGGGGUACAAUACACUGAACUCUGUUUAAAUAGCAAGUAAUUCACUUCUGUCUGCAUCUUGUGUCUAAAACUGGUAGAACCUGUAACACGGAAGCUUAACAGUUACACUUCACUGUGGGAAUAGGAUUGGUACAGCACUGAUUGCUAUUUUUUUUUCUGUAAGAAAAGUUUAACAUUAGUGAUGCUUCGAUUUAAAAAAAAAAACACUCGUUUACAAUUGUUUUCUGAGUAUUGUUAUUUAAUGUUUACUUGAAUGUUUUUUCCCUUUUUUUCUGAUGAAGCAACCUCUCUUGACAGGGGUGAAGUUGUUGCAUGUGAAUGAACAGUGUACUGGCUAUGUGGAAGUGCCUUGGACAUUGACUGAACAUUUAGUAGCAGGGUGACCAUGUGGCUGGGCUCACCUCUGGCGUAAAUUAGAACUUUUCAGUGCACUCCUGUACAGGACAGACCACUGUGUGUUUUAUAAAUCCUUUGUCUGUCAAAUGUUUUUUCCUUACAGAUCUAAUAUUUAAACUCCAUAAUAUAUCUGAUCUUAAUGUGUAAUAAACUAAAAACUAGGCAUUGGGCCUAGUAGUGUGUAGCAUUUGGUAGUGAGCUCUUAGAAACGUAUAGCAUGUUUUUUGUCACUUUUAAAUGUAUCUAUUUAAAAAUGUCAUCCUGGUGCAAUUUUGCAGGGUAAUUCUUAAGCUUGUUUUUGUUUAAUCUGUAUUAGUGUCUUUAGAUUUAUUUAAAAGGGUUUUUUUAAUUCAAAUACGAGGCACAGAUAAAUGGUCAUUCAUUCAGUCUUCAAUGCAAUGCUUUUGUUUUUUAUCUUUUAUGUAAGUUGUGCCAAACUCCAGUAUGUCAGCUUUGUUUUGCUUUUGUUUUGCACUUGUAAAUCUGUGUAACCUUAACAGUUGCAUUUAGAAUUUCUGUAAUUUUUGUAUCAUAUUUUAGGUACUAUAGUUAUCCUGUGCAAACAAGUCUCCAUUCAAGUAUAUCACAAUGACUGUUCCUAACAUUUCAUUCACUGGCCGGCACGCAGUUGUCUUUAAUCUUAGAGUAACUUCAGAAAGAAGAACACAGUGUGUGUUCUCCAAAAAGGGAUGUUUUCUUGCACAGAUUUUCAAAGACAAAUUGGUCCUGAACUUUGACUGUUGGGUUACAAAUUAGAAAUUUUGUAAUUAAAUUUAAUGUCAGAGGUAUUUUGCUGGAUUGUUAGCAUAAGACUUUUCAUGUGAGAGAGAACGUUUUUAUAGGCACGGUCGGAUUUAGACUAAAGGUCAAGCGGCUGAAACAGACAGGUACUGUUCUGAUUGGGAUUUUCUUUAUUAAAGUAUAUGAUUUGUAUCAAAUGUUAAGAAAUUGAUUAAUAUGAAAAUAAAAGUAAUUUUUUCUGUACCUUAAAAUCUAAUGCUGAUGUUUGGGUCUUGGUAUUGUGGUUUCUGAGGCUAUGAGCCAUAGACGAAAACAUUUCUCUACAUCGGGCAUCCUAGUCACAGGGGAGAAAACGGGAGAACACUUAGAUUUUGAAGAAAUACAGAUUUAGGAUACCUCAUCAAGGUCUUGUGUAACACUGCAUUCUGGAUAAAUGAGUUGUGUUAUAUGACUGUGCUUUUGUUCCACAUAUGUACACAGUUUAAUUUUGUGAAGGUGCAAAUAAAUUAAGCUUGCAACAA